UCUCUGAAUGUGGAUUCUUUGUUUAAAUAUUUUAGAAUUUAUGUUUGGUUUAGGGUUUUAUAUAUUUUAAUUGUGUUGUUGUUAAUUUAAAGUGAAGGAUGUAAACUGUUUUCUUUUCUUCUUUUUUUUCAAUGGUGAGGUAUUGCUUGUAAUAAAUUGUGGUACUGGAGCUGUAUUUUUUUUUUCAGUCUGGACGUGUUGGAGUUGUGGUACUGGAACUGUUUUUUCAGUACUGGAAUUGUGAAAGUAUGAAUUACCACUGCUAUAAGCUGUGGGAUAAGGUUGUUAAAAUCACGAGAUGUCUCGUAAAAUCGUCGAUUUUACGAGUCAAUAUAUAUUAUCGUGUUAAAUCGGUUUAUAAACUCGAAAUUUGGUAAAAUCGCAGUGAAAUCGUAUGAAAUCGUUUAAAAUCAUGAUUUUGAACCCUGUUUUACGUGUUUAGAAAGGCCCUUGGUCUUUAGGUGGAUGCUUCUCUUCUUUCUUUCUCUGGUAGUGAGGCUUCUAGAACAACGACAACUGAUUUUCUGGUAAGCGGAUUGACUGCUUUCCCUUAUUAUAUUCCAUUUCCUAAGGCAGCACACACAAGGAACUAUUCUGCUCAUCUACUGUCUCUUAGUUCGGAGUUUAACUCUUUCUUUCCUCUGAUGAAUCUUUGGUUGAUUCCCUCUUUUCAACCCCCAUUGGGUUGGCCCAGGCUCAAAGGCCCUGUCAUAUUGUCAAGCCUGAGCAAGCCUAGCCCGCAAGCCUGCUUCACCUUCACUUCCUUCCGUACCUGAUUCUUAGUCUGCUCUAAAGGCAGCCAGUGACUCGAGGUCUUCUGGAGUGACUCUCUGGUAAUUUCAAUGGUUCAGCUCUGGUUCAAAAAUAUUAUAUACUGGCAGUCUGCACUACAGUAAGCCAAUAACAGCACCAAAAAUUAAAAAACCUAGCGUCUCCUAGCGCCUCUCUUUCUCAAAGUCCUUCCAGUUCCAGUGUUCCAAUCCAAACUUCCAAUUUCCAAAUUCAAAACAAACCAUCUCUGCAACAUUUAAGUAACUUACCAUCCAGUGUUCCAUCUCUCCAAUUUCCAUUUCUCCGUAACUUACCAAUUUUCAAAUUCCACUUUUGUACAAUCUACCUCUCUUUCCAUCUCUCCAAUUUCCAUCUGGGUGGAAAAGAAUUAUAUCUGCAAAUUGCAACCUACUGAUGGGCAAGUGGAGCCCUUGAUCCAAAGAUCAGCACAUCUGGUGAUGUUGUUACAUCAGUGAAAAGGGGUGUAUGGGCAGUGAUUUCAAACUUGCAUUUUUUCUUGGUUAUUGCUUGCUACAGGCCCCCUCGACGUAGAACAACCCGCCAGUUGUUGCUGUUCGUUGGAGAGAGAGAGAGAGAGAGAGAGAGAGAGAGAGAGAGAGAAGAUUUUUUUAGCGAGAUGGUGACUUCUACUUAGAUGGGUCUCAUAGUCAGUGCUGCAUGUACAGUUACUGCUGCUGCUACUAAUAACUGCAACAACUGUUUUCCCAUUUUCUUCUCUCAGUCAGAAAUCUUGAGCUCAAAACCCUAAUCCAAGACGAAUUCAACAAACUCUAAGGAGGAGGAGGAGUCAAAGCAAGCAUGACUAACAACAUUGCUGAAAAAAGAAGACAGCAAGAAGAAGAUGAAGAAGAAGAUGGUGAUCUCGACGGUUGGGGAGAGAGAAAUUAUUCUGAUGAGAGAUCUUGGGAAGCUUUACAAGAGGAUGAGUCUGGGCUCCUUCGUCCUUUGGAUAACAAAGCGAUGUACCAUGCUCAAUAUCGCCGUCGCCUUCGUUCUCUUUCUACUGCUUCUAAUUCCCAGCGUAUUCAGAAAGGGCUUAUUCGCUUUCUCUACAUUGUCCUAGAUCUCUCAAGGGCUGCAUCGGUGAUGGAUUUUCGACCAAGCAGAAUGGCUGUGGUUGCGCAAAAUGUUGAGGCGUUUAUAAGGGAGUUUUUUGAUCAGAAUCCACUUAGUCAGAUUGCUUUGGUUACUAUAAAAGAUGGGGUUGCUUAUUCUUUGACGGAGCUUGGUGGGAGUCCUGAGUCUCAUAUUAAGGCUUUGAUGGCUAAGUUGGAAUGUUCAGGUGAUUCGUCACUACAGAAUGCAUUGGAGCUUGUUCACGAGUAUCUUGAUAAAAUUCCAUCAUAUGGUAAUCGUGAAGUUCUCAUCUUAUAUUCUGCUCUUACGACCUGUGAUCCGGGAGAUAUAAUGGAGACAAUCCAGAAAUGCAAGAAGUCUAAAAUGAGAUGCUCAGUUAUUGGCCUCUCUGCUGAAAUGUUCAUAUGCAAGCAUCUCUGCCAAGAAACUGGUGGGUUGUACUCUGUUGCUUUGGAUGAGAGCCACUUUAAAGAGUUAAUAUUGGAGCAUGCACCCCCUCCUCCGGCAAUAGCAGAAUUUGCAAUAGCUAACUUGAUCAAGAUGGGUUUCCCACAAAGAGCAGCAGAGGGUUCCAUCUCGAUAUGCUCUUGUCAUAAAGAAUCGAAAGUUGGUGAGGGUUAUAUUUGUCCAAGAUGUAAAGCGCGCGUGUGUGAGCUUCCUACCGAAUGCCGUAUUUGUGGGUUGACACUUGUUUCUUCACCCCAUUUAGCAAGGUCGUACCAUCAUCUCUUUCCCAUAGCACCAUUUGAUGAGGUGAAACCAUCACGGCAAAAUGAACCACAUCGUAGAUCACAGAAAACUUGUUUCGGUUGCCAACAAAGCCUUGUCAAUCCUGGCAAUAAACUCAGCCUUCAAGUUGCUUGUCCAAAAUGCAAACAGUACUUUUGCCUUGACUGUGACAUUUACAUUCAUGAGAGCCUGCACAAUUGCCCAGGUUGCGAGAGCCUUAGAGCUUCAUAGUCAGGCACCGCUGCAUCGGUAAUGAAGAAUGAAAAACUAUUGCCACUUGAGUGUUCUACUUUUCUUCUGCCAUAUGGAUAUGGCAUGCUCUUACUGCUGUUCCUACAGACACAUCCAAGCAAGUUAAGAUUUUUUUUUCCUUUUCAUGUAUGGCGUGGUGACCAUUGCAACACGGACAGAUACCUAACUUGACUGGUCAGGCAAGUAUUGUCGCGAUGCUUUCUUGAGUGCAGAUACUUGGUUUUACAGAUAGGGCUGUUGGGCGGAGCUUAGCUCACGUCCAUUGAAUAUACAAUCAAAGAAUUCAUAGGCCACAUGCGUCACGCGGAUUGCAAUCUUUCACAUGACAUGUGUUUCCAUCAUGGUUGUAGCCAUAAUUGGUCACUUAAAAGUGUUUCUUAGGUGACUAGAACCCUCUCAUGUUAGAACUUGUACGCCCCUUUUUCCCGAGGGUGCAUUGGCUUUAUUUGAUUCACAGAUAUACCAUGUCAUAGAAACAGCACAUACCUUUCAGGAGUUUUGGGUGUUUUUUCUUGUAUCCAAUCAGUGAGACUCAAAAAGAAAUAAGAUAUUGUAUCUUAAUUCCUCAAA